GGGGCGGGGCCUGCGGGGAGCGGGCCGCGGGCUGCGCGGGUGCAGUGCGGCGGCCGCAGAGCCGUGGGCUGACUGGCUGUGGGCCGCGGGCCCGCAGCGGCGCGGAGAGCAGGCUGCAAGACCUGCGCGGGGUCAUGGCUGCCUGUCCCGGCCCCGCCGGUACUGGAGCAGUCCACGCCGCCGGCCCGUCAGGCUUCGCCUUCGACUCAGAACUCGAGAUCAAAACUCGGUCGGUGGAGCAGACGCUGCUCCCGCUGGUUUCUCAGAUUACCACACUUAUUAAUCAUAAAGAUAACACCAAAAAGUCUGAUAAAACUUUGCAAGCAAUUCAGCGUGUGGGACAAGCCGUCAACCUGGCAGUUGGAAGAUUUGUUAAAGUGGGGGAAGCUAUAGCCAAUGAAAACUGGGAUUUGAAAGAAGAAAUAAGUAUUGCCUGUAUUGAAGCUAAACAAGCAGGAGAAACAAUUGCAGCGCUUACAGAUGUGACCACCUUGAAUCAUCCAGAAUCUGAAGGCCAGAUCAUGAUUUUUACAGACAAAACAGGAGUUAUAAAGGCAGCAAGAUUACUUCUCUCUUCUGUAACAAAAGUGUUGCUGCUGGCAGACCGAGUAGUUAUCAAACAGAUAAUAGCAUCGAGAAAUAAGGAUUUGAAAGAUGAAAAGAAAAAGGCAAAAAUGGCAGCAGCUAGGGCAGUUCUUGAAAAGUGUACAAUGAUGCUUCUCACAGCUUCAAAGACAUGUCUCAGGCAUCCCAACUGCGAAUCAGCUCAUAAAAACAAAGAAGGAGUGUUUGACCGAAUGAAAGUGGCAUUGGAUAAGGUCGUUGAAAUUGUGACUGACUGUAAACCAAAUGGAGAGUCUGAUAUUUCAUCUAUCAGUAUUUUUACUGGAAUUAAAGAAUUCAAGAUGAAUAUUGAAGCUGUACGGGAGAACCCUUAUUUUCAGUCCAAAGAGAACCUUUCUGCAACAUUGGAAGUCAUCUUGGAGCGCACGGAGGAUUUCACGGAUUCUGCUUACACCAGCCAUGAGCAUAGGGAACGCAUCUUGGAACUGUCAACUCAGGCGAGAAUGGAACUGCAGCAGUUCAUUUCUGUGUGGAUUCAAGCUCAAAGCAUCAAAACAAAAAGUAUUGCUGAAGAAUUGGAACUCACUGUUUUGAAAAUCAGUCACAGUCUCAAUGAACUUAAGAAAGAACUUCACAGUACAGCAAUGCAGCUGGCAGCAGAUCUGUUAAAAUACCAUGCUGACCACGUGGUUUUAAAAGCAUUAAAACUUACUGGAGUAGAAGGAAAUUUAGAAGCUUUGGCUGAAUAUGCCUGUAAACUCUCUGAACAGAAAGAACAGCUUGUUGAGACCUGUCGAUUAUUGAGACAUGUAUCUGGGACAGAACCUCUUGAAAUAACCUGUAUACAUGCAGAGGAGACAUUUCAAGUGACUGGCCAACAGAUAAUUUCUGCUGCCGAAACACUGACAUUGCAUCCAUCUAGUAAAAUUGCUAAAGAAAACCUUGAUGUAUUUUGUGAAGCUUGGGAAUCUCAGAUUAGUGACAUGUCAACACUGCUGAGAGAAAUCAAUGAUGUGUUUGAAGGAAGACGAGGAGAGAAGUAUGGCUACCUUUCACUUCCAAAGCCAGUGAAGAAUAAUGCAAACCUGAAAUCAUUAAAGCUGGACAAGCCUGACUCUGAGGAGCAAGCCAAGAUAGCAAAGCUUGGACUUAAGUUGGGUUUGCUCACCUCUGAUGCUGACUGCGAAAUUGAGAAGUGGGAGGAUCAGGAGAAUGAGAUUGUUCAAUAUGGACGGAACAUGUCCAGGAUGGCCUAUUCUCUAUAUUUAUUUACUAGAGGAGAAGGGCCACUGAAAACUUCCCAGGACUUAAUUCAUCAUCUAGAGGUUUUUGCUGCAGAGGGUUUAAAGCUUACUUCAAGUGUACAAGCUUUUUCAAAACAGCUGAAAGAUGAUGACAAGCUUAUGCUUCUUCUGGAAAUAAACAAGUUAAUUCCUCUAUGCCACCAGCUCCAGACAGUAACUAAAGCAUCUUUGCAGAAUAAAAUGUUUCUAAAGGUUGAUAAGUGUAUUACAAAGACAAGAUCCAUGAUGGUUCUCUUGGUCCACCUUCUCUCACUUUGCUACAAAUUGCUGAAGAAGCUUCAGAUGGAAAAUAACAGAUGGGUCUCGGUUACAAAUAAAGACRCUGUGGACAUAAAAACUUGAGAAGCUCUGGGGCCAGAUCUCUGGAACAUCAUGUGGCAAAGCUGACAUUUUUAAGAAGCAAACGACUCUAUAUUUUCAGAAAUUCAACAGUUUUAUAAUGAAAGCAGCACUGAAAUCUUGCUUAUUUUCUGAUCUUCAGAUUGUGAUGCUUUCUGACAACUAAUAAAUGCCACRGUAGUUGCUAGAAUUCUAACUGCAGUACGAUUUUAAAAUGUGACAUUGCAUUAAUAAUGUUCUUUAAACAUUAAACCAAAUAUCCCCGACUGUCUUAAUGACAGUUGAAUCCAAUCCAAAGAAGCUAUUUUGAAUAAGGGCUCAACUUUGGCAUAUUGUACCUUAACUAUUUUUUAUUUAAGCUUAUUCUCUAGAACCCUAAUUUCAGGAGAAAAUAUACAGUAACCUGGGUGAACACAGGGCUUUCCUUUAACCUUUGGACUCUUCAUUCCCUGUCCAGGUAUGACAGGGGCCCCUUGGAUGCCCCAGCAGACCCCCCAUGCUAGUGGCAGUUGUUUUCUAACAAGCAUUUCAGUGUAAGGGUUAUUAUGCCAUGUGUCCUUCUCUAAGGCAGGUAAUGGAAGUCACUCAUAAAACCCUGGAGCAACUCCUGGAGGAGAUGGAUUUUAAAUUUUUUUGUAGUGCUGGGGCUCAAAACCAGGGCUUUGUGCAUGCUAGGUAAGCUUUCAUCACUGAGCUACACUCCCAGCCAAAGGUAACUCUUUUGGUUCUAGUUCUAGCAUAGUUGGUCAAUGUGCCCUACUAGGUGGAAUCCUCAGUCUUUCUUACUGGCUUAUAAAACAAUUUCUAACUACCCUUCUUAUUAGUUGGCGGAAUGGCAGGUAAAAAGGACACUGGAACCAAUGAACUGUUUAAAUUCUGAAUAAUAAUAUAUUUUAUAUAUGUGGCAAUGUAAUGUUCAUCAUAAAACAAAUAAACAUCUUUUUGAGUAUUUUUAAUUUUAGUGUUUGAAGCUUUUUCUGUUUUUGUGGGAUGGAUCUUUGAUUGAAGGAUCUGGUUUAUGGGUUUUCUCCCUGUGAUACUAUACAGUUAACACUGUUUUGGAAUGGUGUCAGCUUAUACCCCAACACUUUGAAAUUCAUUUUGAAAUCAGUCAUGUCAUCAAUUGCAAAAGGCAGUAGAUAUGAGCUGGUCUGAUGAUCAUGAUCUUUACCUGUGUCAGUGAACACAAUCCAUGUUCACAAAAGAUUCUAAAAAAUCAUUUUGUCACUAACUAGCUAGUUGGUAUUUGUCAAAUAUUUUUACUAUAGUCAUGGGGGGGCGGAUGGGAUGCACUCAGCUGUUAGUGACCUUCAUAAAAUACCUAUUUAAAUAAUCAAGUCAUCAAACAUGAUUUUUAUUCUGUGAAAUCAAAAGUCUCAAAUUACAAUAAAAAUUGAAUGAUAUGUUAUUUGUAAAUUAA